CCUCCCAUUUUUUCGGAGUGGCGCGUGCGUAUAUAGUUCUAUUGUCUGGAAGCACCGCAUUACCUAUAGGCCGGGUGUUGAGUGUGAAGGUAAGAUAAAUAAGAUGGUGUUAGAUUGACACCUCAGUGCUAGACUGUAGAGAGGACGGACAGUACCGUCAGUUCUACCGCAGGGAACUGCUAAGACUGGAGCGAGCGGACGGAAGGGCGUGCGCAUCUGGGGCAUGAGGCAGGAAGGAAUAUAGAACGCCUGCAGCCCUGCGUUUAGCUGCGGGUAUCAACAGCUCCAGAAGAGUCUUUGAGCUGCGCUUCUGCGGGCACCAUGUGAGCAAGAGUCGGGGAUGAGAUUAUGGGAGAGCCUCUGUGUCAUAAAAAGGGAGAAACCUUCACACAGACGCUGACAUCUGCACACUGGGCUGCUGCCUGUCAGACUUUGCAGCACUGGAGCUCUCGAUGCAGUGCACUUCCUCAGUUUGUUGGCUCAUACCAUGUGUUAACACUGGAGUUUGGUAGGGGUCUGGCCUUUUGAAUAGUUGUGAUGUGCUUACACGCUACUUUGUCUACAAUGAAAGUACUUCCCUUUGUUUGGGCUAAGCUGUAGUUGAGGGGUUGCACUGCUUUUUGGAACUGAUGUUUUUCUUAAAUCCUGUUCACUGACAUUGCUAUUUUCUACCUUCCAAAUAAUUAUUUUGUGUGAAGUUCAGGACAUAUUCUCUGAACUUUUGGAUGGGGGGUAAGCAAAGUACUGCGGCCCGUUCCCGGGGUCCAUUUGCAGGUGUAUCAACAGAUGAUAGUGUUGUUCCUACUGCCCCUUCUCAUUUUGGGCACUACCAGACAGGUGGUCCUAUGGGUUUGCGUAGCCGGUCUGUGAGCUCUGUGACAGGUAUGGGGAUAGAUUCAACAGUUGGUGUACCAUUUGGAUUGUAUCCGGGCCAGGGGACCAGUGAUCCAGAGCGAGGAGAUGAUGGCUCGGCAGCAGACUCUACCUCCAGUCAUGGAAACAGUUUUCAGGAAACGGGAGGUAGCCAGCAUACAGAUGGGGUUUUGUACCUGGGGUCAAGAGGAUCGCUAGCUGAUGCCUUACCUCUGCAUAUUGCUCCAAGGUGGUUCAGUGCUCAUAGUGGUUUUAAAUGUCCCAUUUGUGCCAAGUCAGUAACAUCUGAUGAGAUAGAGAUGCACUUUAUUAUGUGUCUGAGCAAACCCCGCCUUUCCUACAAUGAUGAUGUGCUGAAUAAAGAUGCUGGUGAAUGUGUGAUUUGUUUAGAAGAUCUCGUUCAAGGAGACACAAUAGCCCGACUUCCCUGUCUCUGCAUCUACCACAAAAGCUGUAUAGAUUCCUGGUUUGAAGUGAACCGAUCUUGUCCUGAACACCCUUCUGAUUGACGAUUUUUGCCAGCGUGUGUCCAAAUACUAUUUUUACAGGGUGCCUCGCUUUCCACAAAAAAAAUUCCUUUCCUGGUGUUCUCUCUAGCUGCUUCAUUUUUUUCAAACUUAAGUCACUGAUAACUGAAAACCUACCUAUACCAGAUUAAGAAUACAGACCAAACUGAAGAGUCCCUCUUUGCUUCGAAGAUACCAGCUGCUGGGUUUUCAGUCAGUUGUAUGCUUUUCAUUUUGCUGCUCAAAGAAUGAGAGAUGAGGACGGAAUCAUCACAGCUGGCAUCCUGGGAAUGUGAAGAUGCUUGUCUGUAGGAUAAAGAGGAAGUGAAACUUGGGAGUGUAACUAAUGCAUACAGGACACAGUCCUUGGGUAUGGUCAAAUUGAAUUGCCAGAUGGAGCCAGGAAGCACUUGAAAUCCAUAAGAAAAAUGCAGUUGGCACGGUUAUGAUAAAACUGAGUUUAGGUUCUAUAAAAAUAAAUAUUUCACUGACAAUUCUUUUUGAAUUUGCCAUAGACAAGACUGCAAAGAAUUUUAAACGUAUGUUUCCUAUAAACUCAGUCCUCAUGUGUGCAGCUUAAGAACUGUUUUUUUAAGUAUUUACAAAAAGUUUUGUGAAAGUGGCGUAUUUAUCUUGCCGUUUGCUAAUGUUUACAGGUAAUGGAGUCACUUUUCCCCACAUGGGCAAAUGUCUAUUAAGCUGUUUGAGAAAGGCUUGAUGUUCCUUGGGAAUCACCAAGUACUCUUUUCUUAAUUUCUGGGAUUUUGUUUUGCUUUAGAGUGAAAUAAGAAACUUGCAUGAAUGAUUUGCUUCCAGAAAAUAGAGAGUUAUCAUUUUUUAAUUGUUAAGGAAAAUAAAAUGUUUUAGUGUGGGAAUACUCAGUGAAACUGGAAAGCUUUUAGGAAACCAUACAUUACAGCUAAAACAUGGACUGUUAGGAAGAACAGGAACAAGUUAAAUUGUGUCUUCCUUCUGUUUACUAAUGUGGUAUUGUCUUCAAAAUAAAACCGAGCCCUUCCUGUGAGCCCUUUUUUUUUCGAA